AACAACCAAUCAUUUUUCAGUGCAUUUGUUUCUGGUUCCAGAUUAACGCUCUGAUUGGCCAGUUACUCUCAAUGGGAGGUUUACACACGUUAUCUCAGAGGUCACAAGCAUGGCGCUGUCCGUGUCGAAUAUACACACUGCAUCUAUGAGCCGGUUCAGUGGUUUUUAAAUGAAUUUUGGAUUAUUAACAGAGUUCGACCCACCAAAUUAUUAUUUUUCUGAUAAAUAAAAGGAUUAUUGUAGCAUAUUUUGUAGUUUUUGAACUAUGUCUAGUUCAAAUGUUUGGACUCGCAGCAGAGCGAGAAUGAGACUCUUCCCAGAGCUGUUGGCUCAGUGUUCAGGAGAGGCAGCUGCUUAUGGUAAAUGUGUGGCCUCCACAACCACUGGCAAACAGGAGCUGACCAAAAACAUGUGUGUCAAAGAAUUUGAAGCACUGAAAAGCUGCUUUCAAUCAGCUGCAAAAAAGGGAGUAAAAUGAAGAACAUCAUGAAUAAAUAUCAUGUAGACUUUGACAGUGUUGGAGAUCAUUAUAAUUAGACAGUUAAACCUUUCUGGGGUAUGACUAUCUAUGUCCUUUUUUAAUAGUAGCUUUUGUCAUUUCUCUCUCUUUGUAAAUGUACAUAAAUAUAUAAUGUGUUUCAGAUGGAUAAUUGUAUUGUGCAGAAAACCACAAUGAAGUGUCUUUUUUAUAAAAAGUGAAAUCA